AUGUCUUGUAAAGGUGUCCGUCAAAUACUACGCACCCAACGUCAUUUGGAGGUAGUCACUCUCGCCCCACUACCCCGCCACGAAUCGCAGGCGAUCUCUUUACCUUUUAUUCCCUCUUCCAUGAUUUCGAACAGCGUUACGUAUGCCAAACCCGUGGGCAAGAAGCCGCCAGAUGAUGUUUUCAAGUACCCAGACUCUGACGGCCUUCUGGGAGAUGUCUGCGCUUAUCCAAGACACAUCAAGACUCUCACCUUGGGUCCGAUGUCUCUGGAGAGCUUCUCGUCGGUUCAAUACAUGCUGAAAGGACAACUCCGAGAUCAAAUGGCCUCGCUCAAAGAACUCAACAUCUUCGUUGAUUACGACUGCGAUAUCAGCGUUCCUCGUGCGGACACCUCUCUCGAUCUUUCUUUUGACGCGUUCCCUAACCUGCGCAUCAGCCGACUUCGAGGCGUUCACACGAACUGGGAAAGCCCCAUAUUCUCAUCGGUCACUACAUUCGAGCUGCGAAACUGCCCGGUCUCCCACACAGGCUCCAUAGCAACAUUCACUCGCGCCAUCUUGGGCUGGGCAAGCCUCACCAACCUCUCCCUCCACCACGCCUUCCUACAGGCUGGGGACGCCCCCGCUUUGCCCGACCUCUCCGAGUCCGGGAUAUACCAGCACACCAACCUGAUAAAGCUCAUCAUCGAAGGUCCCAUCUCACUGAUCUCCGCCAUUCUUUACCGCCUCGACGCGCCCCACGCGGACGUGCACAUCAUCGGGCACGCCCCCGGACCCCACCCGGGCGAUGCACGCCACUCCAUCUUCGACGCCAUGCUCCCCUUCGUCGACUACCUCCCCAGCCACCUCGCCCACGCCGUGGCCGCGCGCGCCGUCGUCACCCCAAAACCGGCCGAAAUCUCAGGCACGACGGCCGACGGCACGACGGUCGCACUCGAGGUCCGCGGCCUCGACCUCUCCACCCCCGCCGCCUGCGCGCACCUCUUCGCACACGCCGUCUCCGCGCUCUCCACGGCCUUCGGCGCGCGCCGCGCGCCGCUCGGCCGUCUCGACCUCCACGGGGACGGCUCCCUCGCCCGCGCCGAGUGGGACCUGUUCCUCCACAGCCCCUCCGGGGCGUCCCUCGAGGCCAUCACGUUCCGCGACUCGAGCGCCUGCUGCGAGGGCGCACGCCACCUCUUCGACGCGCUCGGGCGCGCGCACGGCGCGAACGCGGACGAGUCGGUGUGCCCGGCUCUCCGUCGGAUCGGCGUGUCGACGGAGGCGCGCGCGUCGCCGAGGCUGGUCGAGCACAUGGGCGCGGUGCUGGAUGCGUGUCGGGCGCUCGGGCGGGCGUUGGAGAAUCUCGACGUGGAGUUUGCGGACGCAGUGGAGGGGGUGGAGGAGUGGGUGGAGAGGCUAAGGGUGGAUGUGCCGGGAGGUAUUGUCGCGUGA